AUGGAGCCAGGAUUAGCAUCAAAAGUGUUUGAAAUUUUAAAGAACGAUAAGUUUAAUAGAUUUUGCGCUGAUUGCAACAUUCAAAGUGCAGGCUUUGGAGAUAUUGACUAUGGAACGUUUAUAUGCUAUAAAUGUGUGGCUUUACAUCGAGAAAUUAAUGUAGACAGUAUAAUUAAAGUGCUAGCUGAUGAAGUCUGGGAUGUAGACGAGAUUAAAGUUAUGAUUGCUGGAGGAAAUGCAGCUUUACGCGACUAUUUUAAGUACUAUAGAAUCACCAUAGAAACUCCGAUGCUUUUGAAAUACAAAACGCGGGCAGCUGCAUUUUAUAGAAACAUGCUAGCAGAAAUAGCAAGAGAAGGAAAUUUUGAAGGAAGUUUUUUAUCCUUUGAAGAUGGAAAUCGUCCAGAUCAAGAAGAACAUAUUAAUUCUCCUCCCCCUCCUGCUCAGCAAGCACCAGAAGCUCAAGCUUUAGCAUCAGUUCCAAAGGAAACCCCACGUGAGAUGUUUUUCAGUCCUCCGCCAGAAACUGGGAUUAGAAGUUGGUUUGUCAGAAAAUUUAAUCAAAUUAGAGAAGCAGGAAAUAAAGCUUUUAAAACUGUAAAUGAGUUUGGAAACAAUGAUGUCAUGAGGGAUAUUGAAUUUAUUUCUGUAGGCAUAGCAAAUAAUGUUAAAAGCCCUUUUAUAUCUACAGCUGAAGAAGAUAUAGAUCACAAAUUUUUAGAAAAAUAUAAACAAAACAUAGCUACAUCCACGGCUCAUACAUUUUUGGAAAUAAAUUUGAAUUCAAAUUCUCAAAGUAUUAAAAAAGAAGCUAUGGACACUUUAGUCAAAAAAGAAUCUAUGGACACUUUAGUCGAUCAACAAGCUAACGAAAAUUAA